GUACAAGUGGACAAGCCAGUCAUUCGCAUUAUUCGACAGUUUUUCGUUGGCUGAUGUAAUCUGUGCGCGAUAUUCGGCGUUCUCGGCAACUAUAAAUACCGACGCCGUUAAAGGCAAAGGAAUUAAAAAAGUCAGAGACGCGCUGUGGAAGGAUCAGCUCCGAGUGUUCUCCAGUGGACAAUCCAUCUUGUUUCAGUGCCUGUGCUGUGUGUUUGAAGAUCGUGAUCGUGACGCAUUCUUAUUUUCUCAUUCAACAUGAAGAUUACGGUGGUGCACAAAACCUACCGAGAGCAUCACUACGUGCUGUUCGAAGGGAAUAUUCUGAAUUCGUUUGGUUUGUUGGCAGUAACGAGAAAGUCGAUGGUUCGUUCGGUCUCGCCGAUUCUGGACCACUUUGACGAAUCAUACACUGCUCUCGGCUGGAUAGGACGAAUCAGUUGGAUCGAUAAGGAUGGAGAUGAGAUACUGCUGGUGGAUGAUGACGAUUACCAUUGUUUCGAAAGUGUUAAGCAACAAGAAGCAAACAUCAUAAUUCGUGUGGCAUCAACCAAACCGGAACUGGAUGAGAAGAUGAAACUCCAACCGAUAAACUACUUGUUUGAUUCAUCCGGAUACUACCCGAACGCAUCCACGGUCGCCCCAGGUAACGGUGGUCCUCAGUCGCCCCAGGUAACGGACCAGAAAGAGCUUCCGUUACAUAAAAACGUCGUUUGCGAUGUAUGUGAUGGCGAAAUACGCGGCCAUCGGUACAAGUGCAUGACUUGCCAAAACUAUGAUCUGUGCAUGAGCUGCGAAAGCAAGUUCCGCCACAAGGAACAUAUGAUGCUUCGCCUUCCGACGCCCGAUAUCCGCUGCCACGGUGCGUACAGUGUGUUCGACAAGCUGCGCCAGUUUGUGACGAAGAUGACGCCGCUCGUUACUGGUGAGGAAGUGAACACGAGCGGCACCACCGCAGCAUCAGAAGGCCGCGCCACUAAAGCUGAUCAGUCCUCGCUGAACAACAACCAUCCUGGUAACGGGACUAUGCCAGCGAAGAGAAAUGGGAAGAAAUCGUUCUGUACGCCCAAAAAUAAUGCAUGCCGCAAGCAGCAUCGGCGCACAGAAGGUUCAACCAACGAAGCGGAAAACUACGUAACACCAAAGCACUUUGUCGACAUUAUUGAAGCUCUGACUUCGGUCGCAAAACAGGAACUCAAGAGCAAACUCGAUGCGACCAAUGGCAAUGGUAGCGCUAAUGAGACCCAAAAGAAGGAUAGUGAUGAGAGGAAGAAAGAAGAUUCCGUGGAAGAGGACGAUUCAACGGACGAACUGUGGACAGUGCUCGAUGGGCUAGGUAGCACUAUCCCGGAUGAAGUGCUGGUCACACUCGAUUCUCCUGGCCCGUCAUUUGCCGCAACAUCGCCCGUCAAAAACACCGAACCAACAACGUCGCCAAAAGAGACCGAUGGGGAGACCGCCACGCCACCGAACCCCACCCAGCCAGAUGUGAAGAGCAAGAUGCAUUCACUUACUGAACUGGUGGCUGCGGCCGUUCUGGAGGGUACCCGUUUGAUGAGCGUACCAUCUCCUGAACGACCUGUACCGCCACCGACCAUCCAAGAUGACCAUGACGAGAAGGCAGAUCGUGUUGACGAUGCAGCUGCUACUGCGGAAAAGGCAUCAGGCGAUUCUUCUGCUACCGCUGCCACUACAGCGCCAUCCGGUCCCAGCCAAGCCGAUCCGAACAAGAUUUACAGCGAGCUGCCGCACGUUAACCACGCCAUCCACACGUUGAUCACCAUGGGAUUUAGCAACGAUAACGGAUGGUUGACACGUCUUCUGGAAUCGCUCGAUGGUGACAUACCGAAGGCACUCGAUCUGUUGCUGCUGCAACCAUCAACCACGAAUAAUCAUUCUCCACGCUCUUAAACUCCUGUUAUCGUUCGUAGGAAGCGAUAAAUGGUGUUGGAUUGUUUUUUUUUCUCUCUCUCUUUGAUUUCUUCCAUUCAUUUUGCGAUAUAGAUUUAGGAAACUUUCUGCGAUGAAUUUACCAAUUUUACGAAUUACUAUGCGUUCGGCUGCUAGGAAUAUUUUCUUCCGUGCGUUUCACGGCAAAUUGCUCAGUUAUGUGCAAGUAUUAUAUCUCAUUAUUCCACAAAUAAAGGACAAAAUGGUUGAACGACUGUUCGAUCUGCAAAAAAUGGAA